GGGAGGAAGUUGUUCUUCCGGGAUAGCGCUACUGCUUCCGGGCCUGCUCAUGUGGCCUGGGGUUGUGGUGCUCCGCGUCUAGGAUCGUGCGGAGGGAGCUAAGAAUUCACCCGCAAUGAGCUUCCUCAAAAGCUUCCCGCCGCCUACGUCGGAAGACGGGCUCCGGCUGCAGCAGCCAGACACCGAGGCUGUGCUGAACGGGAAGGGUCUCGGCUCCGGGACCCUUUACAUUGCGGAGAGCCGCCUGUCUUGGUUAGAUGGUUCUGGAUUAGGAUUCUCACUGGAAUACCCCACGAUUAGUUUACAUGCUGUUUCCAGGGACCCAAAUGCUUAUCCUCGAGAGCAUUUGUAUGUUAUGGUGAAUGCCAAAUUUGGAGAAGAAUCAAAAGAAUCUCUCUCUGAUGAAGAUGAGGAAGACGGUGAUGAUGUUGAACCCAUUGCUGAAUUUAGAUUUGUGCCCAGCGAUAAGUCAGCAUUGGAGGCAAUGUUCACCGCAAUGUGUGAAUGCCAGGCCUUGCACCCAGAUCCUGAGGACGAAGACUCUGAUGAUUACGAUGGAGAAGAAUAUGAUGUGGAAGCACAUGAACAAGGACAGGGGGACAUCCCUACGUUUUAUACCUAUGAAGAAGGACUGUCCCAUUUAACAGCAGAAGGACAAGCCACAUUGGAGAGGUUAGAAGGAAUGCUUUCUCAGUCUGUGAGCAGCCAAUAUAACAUGGCAGGAGUCCGGACAGAAGAUUCAGUAAGAGAUUAUGAAGAGGGCAUUGGCAUCCUUGUUGAAUCUGCCUUUUUGUUCAGAUGGCAUGGAGGUAGAUACCACACCAACUGUUGCUGGACAGUUUGAAGAUGCAGAUGUUGAUCACUGAAGAUGAUUUAUGCUGCUAAACAAUUCUCUUAUAACAGUAGGCGAGAACUUGGUACCUCUUCCAGUCCAGAGUGGGGCUGGUGAAAGGCUUUUUCCUUCUCCAAAACUUACUUUGCAAGACAGACUAUAAUGAGACAGCAAGCUGUCACCAGCAGAAGAGACUGAGACCUUUAUCAACAAAGGUGAAUUAACUGAGCGGGUAUUUGUGGUUCUCAUUUACCCCCAAACUUCCUGGGUCUAGGUGUCUUCCAAGUAGGCCUCUAAUUCCUGCCUUUGCUGUGUGCACAUCUGUCAGCCAGAAAGCCUAUGAGGUGAAAUGUACAAAGCUCACACUGUAUAGACUGGGUGAGAAAGAUGCUGAGGAGAGAGUAUAGGCCUCAGAGGGGGCAGGCUUAGCCUUUUCCACAGAGCCAAGGGUCCUUUACUUCAGGCUGACUCUAGGUCAUCUCUGGGGAACAUCUCAGCCACACCUGGACCUCAGGACACAAUCCUUCUGUGCUAGCUUCUGCCCUCCUCUUCAUUCUCCGGUUGCUCUAUUACAUUCUUCAGCUUAGGCCCUGACUGUCUGCCCUGGUAGCUUUCUGUAACAUAAUAAGUAAUCUGUAAUGAAGUCUGCAAAGUACUCUUGAUGUUUUUGUCUUUGUAAUAGUUAACAAAUAAAUCUAGGUUUUCUAUAC